AUGAAAUUCUUACAAAGCUUUUUAGUGGCUGCAGUGGCAUUCACCUCUUUAGUUAAUGCAAUUCAUAUAGUUAAACCCAGAGAGGAUUAUAAAGCUUUUCUAAACGAAGUGUUCAGGGCAAAGAAUGCGUCUAUUGUCAAGUAUGUGAAUGAUAAAGAUGAUCAUUACCAAGCCUUCGACUCGAAUUUUUAUGAUGCUCUACACCAAAUUUUUGGUGAUGAACAUGGUGUUCAAUUUGUGGAAGUUGAGUGUAAUGAAAACCCACAAACUUGUGAGAACCAUCAUGUUGAAGAGACUCCAAGCUUGAGGUUUUUCAAAAAAUGUGGUGAUAUCCAUGUUGGUCAUAUUUUAAGUCAUGAUGUAUCGUAUCAAGCCAGAACAAAAGAUCUUUCAGAGAGAAUUUAUGAGUUUAUUGAAAACGCUGAUAAGCAUUGCUUGGAAGUUUUUAGAUAUAGAAACAACUUUGGUAGACAAUGGAGCUCACAAUAG